AUGAUUAUGCCCUUGAAUGUCGAUGAUCCAUUGAGUAUACUUUGUAGUCCUGAUGAACCAUCGAUUGAUUGCUAUGAAUUUCUUCGAACUGAUACUUCAAAACGUGCACGAUUUUAUCGAUGGAUACACAAAAUGAAAAAUCAAUGGAAUAUUGAAGAAGAAAAAUUAAUUGUAACCACUAUUGCUGCCGUAAUUACGACGAUUUUUUGCAUUAUUAUUGUUAUUUAUGUCUUGCCUUUGUCAUGA